AUGGGAGAGAGCUGCGCGCAGAGGCGACGCGCCGGCCGCGGGCAGGUACUGUUUCCCUGGCUGUUGCCUUUGUUCUAUUCGGCACUCGGAGAGCCGAUCCGCUACUCCAUUCCCGAGGAGCUGGCCAAGGGCUCGGUGGUGGGGAACCUCGCCAAGGAUCUGGGGCUCAGUGUCCUGGAUGUGUCAGCUCGGAAGCUGCGACUUAGCGCAGAGAAGCUGCACUUCAAUGUAGACGCGCAGAGUGGGGACUUGCUUGUGAAGGACCGAAUAGACAGAGAGCAGAUAUGCAAAGAGAGGAGAAGAUGUGAGCUGCAGUUGGAAGCUGUGGUGGAAAAUCCUUUAAAUAUUUUUCAUGUCGUUGUGAUGAUUGAGGAUAUUAAUGACCAAGCUCCUCAAUUCCUAAAAGAUGAAAUAAUCUUAGAAAUAAGUGAAUCCAUCAGCCCGGGAAUGGGAACAAUUCUUGAGUCUGCAAAAGAUCCUGAUAUUGGUAUGAAUUCACUGAGCAAAUAUCAACUGGGUCCGAAUGAGUAUUUCUCAUUAGUGGUGAAAGAUAAUCCUGAUGGCGACAAAUAUCCAGAAUUGUUAUUGCAGAAGACCCUGGACCGAGAAACACAAAGCACUCACCACCUGGUGCUGACAGCCUUAGACGGUGGGAACCCACCCCUAAGUGGUACUAUUCAGAUUAGAAUCAUAGUGGUAGAUGCCAAUGAUAACCCUCCUGUGUUUAGCCAGGACGUUUAUAGGGUCAGCCUCCGGGAAGACGUGCCUCCAGGCACCUCAGUUCUAAGGGUGAUGGCCACUGAUCGGGAUGAGGGCAUCAAUGCAGAGUUCACCUACUCUUUCCUUGGAGUGGCUGACAAAGCCCAACGUGUGUUCUAUCUGGAUUCCAGUACUGGAAACAUUAUAACUCACCAGCCCUUGGAUUUUGAAGAAGUAGAAAGAUACACAAUGAAUGUAGAAGUAAAGGACCGUGGAUCUCUCUCUACACAAUGUAAAAUAAUCAUAGAGGUUCUAGAUGAAAAUGACAACAGCCCAGAAAUAAUAAUCACUUCUUUAUCUGAUCAGAUUUUGGAGAAUUCCCCUCGUGGAAUGGUUGUGGCCCUCUUCAAAACACGGGACCGAGAUUCGGGGGAAAACGCAGAAGUCACUUGUAGUUUAAGUAGAAACGGUCCAUUUAAGAUACGUUCUUCUUCCAACAAUUACUACAAGUUAGUAACAGAUGGGGCCCUGGACCGGGAGCACCCAGCAUACAACCUUACCAUCACAGCCACUGACAAAGGCAAGCCACCCCUCUCGUCCGACAUAACCUUCACCCUGCACAUCACUGAUGUGAAUGACAACGCUCCCAUUUUCCAAAAGUCCACCUACCUGGUCCAUGUACCAGAAAACAACCAGCCCGGGGCCUCCAUAACCCAGGUCGGAGCGUGGGAUCCAGAUCUGGGACCGAAUGGCCAAGUCUCCUACUCUAUUAUUGCCAGCGACCUGGAACCCAAAACAUUGUCGUCCUAUGUGUCGGUGAACGUGCAGAGCGGCGUGGUGUUCGCGCAGCGCUCCUUUGACCACGAGCAGCUGAGAGCCUUCGAGCUGACGAUACAGGCGCGAGACCAGGGCUUGCCGGCUCUCAGCACCAACGUGAGUCUGCGCGUGUUGGUGGAAGACCGCAAUGACAACGCUCCCCGAGUAUUGUACCCGGCGCUGGGGCCCGACGGUUCCGCGCUGUUCGAUACGGUUCCUCGAGCCGCACAGCCCGAUUACUUGGUCACCAAAGUGGUGGCGGUUGACGCUGACGCAGGUCACAAUGCUUGGCUCUCUUACCAUUUAUUGCAGGCGACGGAUCCCGGGCUUUUCAGCCUGGGACUACGCACGGGCGAGGUGCGCACUGUGCGUCCCCUGAACGACAAAGAUGCUUCCCGCCACCGCCUGCUAGUCGCUGUGCGUGAUGGUGGACAGCCGCCCCUCUCAGCGACCGCCACGCUGCUCUUAAUCUUCGCUGAUAGCCUACAGGAGGCUUUGCCGGACAUCGCAGACCACCCUAUUCCCUCUGAUCCUCAGGCAGAGCUGCAGUUUUACCUGGUUGUGGCUUUGGCCUUGAUCUCGGUGCUCUUCUUUCUCGCAGUGAUUCUGGCUAUUUCUUUGUGUUUGAGGCAGUAUUCCAACCCUGUAGCCAGAGGCUGCUUUGGAUCAGUUUUCUGCUCAAAGUCUGGACCCGUGCUGCCCCCUAAUUACAGCGACGGAACGUUGCCCUAUGCCUGUAAUAUGCGUGGGCACGGGGAUCAAACUAACCCGGAAUUUAAUUUUCUUACUUCUGUUAAUAAUUUUCCUGCGGUACAAGAUAUUCUCAACAAAGAUAGCUCUUCAGUGUUAUUGGCUAGCAUUUUACCUCCUCGUGUUGAAGCAGAGAAGAACACGCUUGACCAGGUAUUUAAAAUGACGCUUUUUAUAUUUCAAUAUGCCAGUGUAACACAAUAUAGUACUAUUUCAUGA